UUCGGAUUUCGGCAGAGCAUCUUACAUGCCGUUCAAGGCAAGAUUGUCUCAUAAAAAAUAACUAAAAAUCAUAAUUAAUAACAAUAGAUGGCAACAAUGACUAACAUUUUAUAUAUAAAUUUAAUUAAAUAUCAGUUCCUCGUGCGUUCCGCCGUUAACGUUUUAAUCCUCGAAAAGCAGAAACUUUGAAUGUAUGAAUGAAAGUACGGAAUCCUGUGAACUUUGAGCUCAAAUAAAAUCUAAGCAAUGUCCUUUGCAAUUUUUUUUUUAUUUUUUGUAAUUUAACGUGAACAAUUGUGUACUUUCUGAAGGCUUUUGUAUUCAAAAGUAUUCCUACAUAAACACGAAUUUUUUUCAUCAGAGGACGUAAAUGUUUAUUAAAAAAUCGAUUUGUUGGUGACUUGCAUAAGUUUGCGAUUUGUGCGUUAAUUGGUUUGUGUAUAACUUCAUAAUAUCGAGGAUAUAAGAGAUGCAAAGGACAUAUGUCGGUACUAGUGAAACUUUAUAGAAAUGUGUGAACUUUGAUAAGAACUAUUUGCGAACCCGACGAAUUAUAAAAUUCUUGCUUCCGAAGAAAGUAGAAUUAGCUUAACCCUAUAAUGGCCGUUGCAAUGAAAUCAAAUGGUUUGCAUCAUGCAGUUUCAUUAGGUACUAUCGAGCUAUCAUCGAAGCCGUGUUAUUCACAUCAUUUCGAUCGCAGCUAUGACUCUGAGGAUGAGAAUAUGGGUCGACGGCGGCUAAGGCAUACAUCUUCUACGGAAUUAUAUCCACGUCCUUCCAUUUAUUCAAAAGGUGAUAUUAAGGAACAAUAUUGUCUUACUGAUCGGCAGUUAAAUACUAUAGAACGACCGCGACGAGAUCGAUUUUUUGGUUGUCUUUCGCGUCGUGGAGCGCCGCAAUCAUUUCUUGGUGGUUGUGUUGGUCGGAGAGUACCGUCUGAUGAAAAUCUGGUCGCAUAUGCACCAUUCUAUAAAUAUCCACGUUAUCAUCAUCAACAACACCAUCCUGAUGAUAAGUCAGAUGUUGACUUACAAAGUUCAUAUUUUCGGCGCCAACCUGCUUCUAUUCUCAGUACCUCGAAGACAGCGGAUGUGCAAGUAGGAGUUGGAAACGGCCGACAUAACUGGAUGGGAUUGCAAAUGUAUUCAAAUAACGAAAACACCAAUUUUUUGACCAAUGAGCAAAGCAAUUAUCACUGCCCCGCCCAUCUUGGAAUUACUUCGUACCACCGCAUCCAGCACCAGAUACGCCAAGGUAAUUAUAGAACUAAACAUGUAAGUUUUGCUCGUUCCCACACCUUGACGUCAUUUGAUGAAGUCAAUUUAGGAUUAAAUCAUUCAAUUAAUCGUCUUAAAGUUGCACGAAGUCAAGAACGCCUAAUAGGUGGCAAGAAAGCAAUAAUAUCUCAAAUGUAUGAACCCACAGUAAUGCAACAAAAUUCAUUAGCAGUCCAUAACCAAUUUGCGGGAACAAAUUCUCUUCCAAUACAACAACACCCGCAGCAACCUCUUAUGCAGCAGCAUACGCACAUACAUCCGCACCUCCAUGGGCAUUCUCAUCACCAUAGCCCACUACAUAUUCACCAAUUUGUUCCUUCACCAUAUAAUGCAAAAAUUCAAGACUGCCAACCGAUUCCGUUGAUGCAAAGUAGUUCUGUUCGGGAUGAUAUACCCAAUAUAAAUAUUGGUUUGCUACCAUGUGGAACAAAAAGCUUAGCUCCCUCAACACCAGAAGUUGUUGUCGUUGAAAAAAAAUUUCGUAAUGCUAUGAAAACUCAAGCCACACAGACUGAGGUUCGAAGAGAAGAUUGUACUCAGGUUUUAGCUUUAAGUCCUCGUACUUUACAUAAGGUAAGAGUAGUAUCACAGGGUGCUCAAACUAUGGGCUUACAAGGUGGUAAAAAGCUUACAAAAAGCUUGUCCGAAAUGCCAAAUGGUACACCAAUAGUUGGCUCAAGUAGAAUGAUGGAAAACAAUCAGCAGAGAGUUUUUAUUGAGCACGAAGCUGUCUAUCGUACUCAAUCGGAAGAGCCACAGAAACUAGCAGUGAAAUCUUUUCAAACAUGUUUAGACGAUGAAUUCAAGGAUCAGAUGGACUCAACAGAUCUUUCGCAGGAAAUAUGGAAGCAUCCAUAUCACCAAUUUAAUAAUGGAAUUGUUUUCCAAUAUAAUACAAUGGAACCUACUCCUGAUAUGGAAAAAGAAAAGGGGACUCUAACUUUCAACUAUGAAAGCAAUAGUCUGCCACGAAGGUCUUGCAAUCAUUAUCGUUUAGAAAACGAAUUCAGUUCUCACAGUUUGCCGCGCAGGGAUCAACAGUACUCUCAAGAUAUAUGUAAGCAUAUCACAGAAUGUUCUGAACUGCGCAACGAAUCUAGUGUUAUAGACUUCACAAAACCAUACUUAUUGCCACCACCGUUGCAAUAUUGCAAAGUUGAUGAGGCACCUCAGGAAAAAUCUAUUCAUCAAUCAAGCGAAUAUCUCAAGCCCAAUAUAGAUGCAAAUAGACGAAUGUCGAUGGUGGCUGCAACUAUUGAAAAUAGUUUGGACACACCAUUUAGAAGAGAUGAUAUACGUCGACAAUCUAUGCCUGGUUCCAUAAAAAUGGGAUAUUUGGUCAGUGAUUAUGUUGCUAGUAAUUCAUUUCAAAAAAUAAAACCGGAAAGGCUACAUUUUACACAAGAAAUAAGUAACUCAGAGGAAAAGGAAAUUUUAAUAGAUUUUAAGCCACAUAUAUCUACAAGUAUUGGUUCGAAAUGUAAUAACAAAUACAGGGACAAAAUGAAACUUCCUUCCCAUGAAGCAAUGCAUGAGAGAUUUGCCAAUGAGUGUGAAUAUUUUGAAGAUUCAGAUGAUGAUAAUUACAUUGAUGAAAAACUAAGAAUUCCCUAUUAUGAUAGCGAAAACGAUAGCGAACAUGAUCCGUUAACCGAAAAUGAUGAUCCCGUCUACGAAAAUAUCCCUAUAUGCAACCAAAUAAGUAUUCAAACCGAAUUCAAUCCUGCAGAUAGUUUAGGGAAGCGAUCGGUCAGUUUAGACGAUUCUAAAGAGAAUGAAUGUAAGUUGACAGAAAGCUCACAGCCACCAAGUCCAUGCAAAAUCAACAUACUAGCUAAUGCCUCUACUUAUCCAUCGUCUGACUCGUUGGCUAAUGACAAUACACGUGACCAUUCGGAUGGAAUUUGGAAUGAAUCCCAAGCUACGGUACUUACUGUUGAUCAAAAGGAUACUUGUGAUGGUAUAAACUUGCUUACCCCUUCCACUAGAAGAAAAAAUUUGGUCUUACAACAUCAGCAACGUAGUUCAGUGGAAACCGAAGCACUUGACUAUGAGGAUCAUUAUGUUGAUGAUAUAGAGGUUCCAAGGUUUAUUCAUAACACAAUACCAUCACCAGCAGCUUUUGUACAGCAAAUUGGCUUAGAUAUUGAAACUUCUAUCGUUACUCCCAAAAUGGGUCCGCCUUCAAUUGCAGUUACACAAACUUACUCUGGUAACGAAGAAGUAGCAUUGCAUUCUCCAAAAAAAUCAGCGAGUACAGGUAGAAGACAUUCUAAUAGUUUACUGACUUCUCAUCAUGAUUAUAGAGGGAGUGAUGUGGAUAUGACACAACAACAAAAGAGUCCAGACUUUCCGAGUUCGCAUAUUAGUAAGCCCGAUACGUCCAAGAUGACCAUUACCAAUAAUGAUGUUUCUGAAUGCAGUACUAAUACAGAUGAAUAUGCAACAUGUACAGGUAUUAAGACUCCGCCAAUAACGACAAGCUCUUCAUCAACUACACAAGUACCAGUUUCAACACAAAGCUCACUUAUGGACAAAACACAUGGCGGUUCAUCUUUUGAGAGUGCAUCAUCUCUUUACUCUACACGUGGUGAAAUUCUAUCAGAGGAUGUCGUACAUCAGGAUGAUAGAACGCCAAAAAUAAUAACUGAACAACCAACUCAAACGCAAAAGAAUGAAGACUCAGCAGAAACUAUUAUAAAAUCACCUGCACAUUCUAUAAGUAGCACUUCAUCCGGUAGUUAUAAUAUUGCACGCCCUGCUGCUAUAUCUCCAGUUAAAGAAAGUACCACUACUUAUAACGAUACAAUAACAUCACCAAAGCCUGUUGACAAGUCUACUAUGCAUCCUAUUAAGACAAAAACGAAACUAAAACCAGAAUCUAUAUCAGAUGAUGAUCAUAGCGAAGUUCGUUAUUCUUCCUCUGGUUAUUAUGAAAGUCCUCAUGAUGAAAACCAUUCCGUUACGAAAUCAAGACGUCAACGUUUGGACGAGGACCGUAAAAGAAGAAAAACUUCUAUGAAACUAGACAUUGAGAAAGAAAAUAUGCGUGCAUUGACAAGCCCAAUAAAAAAAUCACAAUUACUCUCAACAACAGCUAGAGAGAGAUAUCAAGAGAAAGAGCAACAGUCAUUACAUGUUAAUGAUGCUUCAAGUCCUAAUAAAAUAAAACGUCUCCGUCCAAAAAUUCGUCGUCAAUUCAAACGUUCUGCAAAAGAUGACAACACACCAAGACGUCAAAAUAUUGCAAAUCUCUAUGGAUUUGCUACUUUGGGUAGUACAGAGAAGCUUAUAGAUUGUGGACCGGCACACACAAAAAAUGACAACGGCACCCAAAAGAAAACUGAAGUAGUUUCAAAAACAACUUCUCAACCAGUUGCUACAAAGUCAGCCUCUGAAGUGACUCAAUUAAAAGCGAAAUCUAUUGAAUCCCUACGCUCUGUAUCUCCUGGAUCAGAUUCCGUAUUUUACAGCGAAGCAGAUGGUAUAACACCCGAUCAACAAAAUCACUGUUUACAUUGCGGUAAAGAAAUGGAAGAUAAAAAAUUUACCAUAAGCACACUUGAAGGUGACUCAGUAGAGUCAUUACCUUACAUAGAAAACGAACAAAACAUAGUAAAGCCACCAUCAGAUUUUGCAGAUUCUCCAGUUACAAUAAAAACAACUCAACGAUUGUAUAAAAAAAUGGAUAAGCGUUUUAGAUCAGAAGAUCGAUAUCAUGGAGAGCGGGGACGUCAUUACAAAUCACGACAAGAAAAUGUCAGAGCUAAAAGCGAGGAGCGAACACGAGAAAGCAACAUGAAAAUUCCACCAGUUUUGCGACCAGCUGGUUCUAGUCCUUGCGUUUUGCCUGAUUCUAAUUCAGAGCAAAUUCAACAAAUUAUUUAUAAAGGUCACUAUGACACUGAUCGUUAUGCAAGAUUAACAGACGAGGAUGUUUGGACUCAAUUAAGCCAUCAAAGUUUUGAUCAUCAACGCGAUCGUAAAUCAUCAACUGAAUCGGAGAGAGGAUUCUACACCAAAUAUCAAGUUAUUUUGCAUCGAUUAGUUCAACGACGAUGCACAUUAGAAAUGUAUCAUCGCCAAAAAAAUAACACUUUCCAACUAAUUUCAUCAAAUUCAUCACCAGAAACCAUUCGUCGAAAAUUAGAAGAAGUAUUGAAGACAAUGCUAUUGGUAUGGUCUAGGGAAGCGUAUGUUCUUUCCAAGAUAACAUCGGGUUUACAUGGUGUUGAUAAAACAGUGGUGGUGAAAAGUGAUUCUGGUGAGUUUGGCUUUCGUAUACAUGGCUCGAAACCAGUUGUAGUAGCUGCUAUUGAACCGGACACACCAGCAGAGAGCUCUGGCUUGGAAGUUGGUGACAUUAUUAUAUCAGUGAAUAAUGUUCAAGUUUUAGAUAAGCAUCAUACUGAAGUAGUAAAAAUUGCACACGAUGGCUGCGAAACGCUUGAACUUCAAGUGGCACGUACUAUCGGUAUUCUUUUAAAUGAACAACAAGAACCACCGAGUCCGCCUAUUUUUUCUGGCUAUUUAUGGCGUCAAAGUGGCCAAGCUAAAGGAUGUCAAAAUAAUAAAAAAUGGGUUCGCAGAUGGUUUUCUUUGAGACCAGACAAUGGACUUUAUUACUAUAAGACUGAAAAUGAUUCACAACCAGUCGGUGCGAUGAUAAUGACAAAACAUACCAUUGAACGCUGCCAGCCAGAUAUUGGUAAGCCAUUUGCAUUUAAAAUUGACUCUGGUGAGGGUAUUCCAAUGCAUGUGGCGGCAGAUACUGAAGAGUUAAGUGCCCAAUGGAUUAAAGUUCUUAAACAAGCUGCAUUUCAAAACACCACCUGGCUAGAAAAAUGCUCGCAAUAUAUUUACCAACCGCCAAGCAGUAUAGCGAGGCCAGACUGUUUCGGUUAUCUAUUGAAAUUAGGAUCAAGAUGGUGCGGCUGGUCUAAACGGUACUGUGUUCUGAAAGACGCAUGCUUAUACUUUUUCCAGGAUGUAAACAGUAAAAAUGCUUUUGGUAUGGCGUGUUUACAUGGAUAUAAGGUAGUAUCAAUGUCUGUCAGUGCAUCCGGAAAAAAGAAUUCAUUUGAAAUUAUACCUCCUGAAUCAAAAUUACGACAUUACUAUUUCUGUACUGAAUCGGAAAUGGAUAAAAAAAGAUGGAUAUCAGCUCUGGAAUAUUCAAUAGAUCGUUGGAUUAAAUCUGGGUAACUAAGGUUAAAAACAAUUUCAAGAAACUCUUCAAAUCGGAAGACGCGUCGCAGCUUUAGUUAUUUAAUGGAAUAAAACCACUGACAACGAUUAAAUAGAAAUGUUUUAAAUAAAAUCUAGGGAACAUUAAAUUUAGAAUAUAUACUGUAUACCCUUUAAAAGCAGUACCACGUACUUCCUUCAGAAGGGAACAAUGUUUAUUAUAAAUAGUGUACACAAUUAAAAAACAGAAUGUAAUUGUUAAUUAACAUUGGAAUCUUAUCACAUUAAUAAAACAAAUAACAAUUUUUGU